AUGGAAAUACAAAUAUUACGACUUAUUAUUCUUGUAAAGUAUUUUGAAUCCAUUAUUUCAACCAGAAAGACACUAUUUUCUCAUGAGAAAAAACAUGAAAAUCCGAUGGGACAAGAAACUCAUCCCAUCCAAUCCCAUGGGAUAUUUGAAGAAAAAACGUGUCCCAUGGGAUGGGACAAUCCCAUCCCAUCCGGAGCCCUGGUGUGGGGUCGAAGUGAUCUCGAUACUUCGAAUGAUCAUGCACUUCGUACAAUAACAAAUAAUAUUUUCUCAGUCAUACUUCAUAUUGAACAAGCAGCACAUUUACCAAAUGUUUAUUCUAAACAAGAGUAA